UUCCCUAAAGCAAGUGAACGCAGCGCAAACUACCACGUGACGUACAUCAGCUGGUCUGAACGCGGAAUCAAAUGAAAACAUGGUGGUUUUACUGAGUAGCUUACCUGCAACACAGACUCUAACACUGUGUCACAGGGUGGUGGAUGGACUCUGUGGACAGGAGCCUCCCCGCCUGGAGGAUUACAGCACCACCUGGAGCCUGAAGGAGUGGCAGGAGCUCCUCCACUCUCUGACAGCCUUCUUCCGUCUGGCUGCAGGGAACAACAGCUCUGAUGAGGAGGUGCUGGCUGGUCUGUCAGAUGUGAGCAGCAGCCAUGCUGAGACUGUGCUGACUGUACUAAAAGGCAGACGGGAGGAGAUCCGCAGCGCUCUGCUGGACAGAACCAACUCCAUCUCCUCCGCUACUCUGCAGGACUUUGACUGGCAGCUUAAGCUGGCCCUGUCCAGUGAUAAGAUCUCGUCUCUUCACACUCCUUUGCUUAGUCUCAGUCUGGAUGUGAGGGAGAACGGAGCCCUCCGGCCCAUCACCAUGGAGAUGAACAGAGAGGAGCUAAACACACUCAUCAGUUCACUAGAGGCUGCUAAUAAGGUGGUGCUGCAGCUGAAAUGAUGGAAUGAUUGUGGAGCACUGCUCUCCUUCAGAUGUAAGACUGCAGGAAGUCCAUUCAGUGACAUCAUGUCAUAAGUAUGAAGAGACGCCCUUCCAAGCCUUCAUGUGUGUGGCUCACACACACAAAUGAUUUUUGAUAAUAAAGUCUUGUGAUAAAAUGUUCUCUUCUUUUGAAUUCAGUCUAAUGUGUGACCGCUUAACAUUUGUAAUGUAUCAUGAACAUGUUGAAGUAAAUGUUUUAUUAAAUCAUAUUUGAUU